GAAAGUUUCGGUGAGAUAGAAGCCACCGGUCAGGAUGGAGGCGAUGUCAGGGGAGUGAGAGGGAGAGUACGCGAGCCAUGAACGGAUUUAAAUUUGGACAAGCGGGCGUUACUUAUCGGUAUAUGCACACGGGCAGCAGGAAAACAUCUGUCCUGAAGACUCUAUGAAUAUGUUUCUUGGACUGGCGCAGAAACCAUGGCACUCGUUGUGCAAGCUUUAUCUCCGACCGUAUGCUGUUGGAACCAGUCAGGUCCAUUAUGUAUUCAAGAGCACUGUGACCAACCAAAGCCUCUGGCAUAGUAUGCGAUCUAAUCUACCUAUCAGCACUGGCAUUCAGCUGCGUUUAUACUCUUCAAAUGGCAAAAAGGAUAGCACUGUUGAGUAUAGUGCCAGCAGUACCUCGGCUUCCUUGGGGAUGCAGCCCCAAAAUCUCAAAAGAUCUGCUCAAGGGCCCGGUGCUCCAGUUCAGCCUACUUUGGAGCAAAUCCAGGUGAAAGUUAAAGCUAUUCUGAAGAAGAGAGAAUAUGGGUCCACAUACACUCAAAAUAAUUUCAUCACUGGCAUGCGAGCAUUGAAUGAAUUCUGUCUAAAACCCAGUGACCUGGAGCAAUUAAGGAAGAUUAGGCGGCGAAGUCCUCAUGAUGAUACUGAGGCUUUUACUGUAUACUUGAGAUCUGAUGUAGAAGCCAAGGCUCUUGAGGUGCAUGGUAGCCUAGAAGCUCUUGCAAGGGCAAAAAAGCAGCGUCAAAGUGAAGAAAUUGCAUAUAAAGAAAAUCUUUUCAGGAACCAGAAGUUAAUGCGGGAAUACAGGGAGUUUCUAGGUAACACUAUGCCUCGCUCAACUAAGUCAACACCAUUUUUACAGGGACCAGGAAAAGUUGUGAUGGUCGCAAUCUGCAUCAAUGGACUGAAUUUUAUCUUCAAACUGCUUGCCUGGAUUUAUACAGGGUCUGCAUCAAUGUUUUCAGAAGCUAUACAUUCCCUGGCUGACACCUGUAAUCAGGCUUUAUUAGCAGUGGGUGUCAGUCAAUCUUCCAGGACCCCAGAUCCUGGUCAUCCGUACGGAUUUACAAAUAUGCGUUACAUUGCUUCCCUCAUUAGUGGGGUUGGAAUUUUUAUGAUGGGUGCAGGGCUCUCCUGGUAUCAUGGAAUUAUUGGACUUAUGAAUCCUCAUCAUAUAGAAUCCCUAACAUGGGCAUAUUUUAUCUUGGCUGGCUCAUUAGUAUCUGAAGGAGCAACACUUUUAGUGGCAGUAAAUGAACUCCGAAAGAGUGCUCGAGCUAGAGGAAUAACUUUAUAUCAGUAUGUGAUGCAUGGUCAUGAUCCAACCACUAAUGUUGUUCUGUUGGAAGACGCAGCUGCUGUGUUAGGAGUGUUGUUAGCAGCUAGCUGUAUGGGGCUAACUUCUCUUACUGGUAAUCCCUAUUAUGACAGCAUUGGCUCCCUUGGUGUUGGAACACUGUUGGGUACAGUUUCAACAUUCUUGAUUUACACAAAUACCGAGGCUCUGAUUGGGAGGUCUAUUGAGCCAGAAAAUGUACAAAGGCUUACUGAACUUCUGGAGAAUGACCCUUCAGUAAGAGCUGUGCAUGAUGUCAAGGCUACCGACAUGGGUCUGAACACUGUUCGAUUUAAAGCGGAAAUCGAUUUUGAUGGAAGGAUAGUGACAAGAUCUUACCUGGAGAAGCAAGACAUUGAAGUGGUCUUACAAGAAAUUCAGCAGGUAAAAUCUCCGGAGGACUUGGAAGCAUUUAUGCUGAAACAUGGAGAGAAUAUCAUUGACACAUUGGGAGCUGAGGUUGACCGGCUAGAAAGGGCACUCAAGCAAAAAUAUCCAGAUGUGCGUCAUGUGGAUUUAGAAAUUUUAUAGUUACUAUGGACUAUGAAGAUGCCUGGAAUGUCUGAUGAAGAGCACUGCAAAUACUGAGAUAAAUAUUACUUGUAGCCAUUACUGCAAAGCCUAUCGUGGCUGUUAUAAGCUAUUAUCAUGACAUGUGUUUUAAGACAUUGCACAGUAUAAAUUAUAUCAGAUUGGCAGACUGGAGUUGCAAUGCUAUGGAGUGAUCUACCAGGAUAUACCUUCCAUGUGGUUAAAGAAAUAGUUCUAAUAUUGUUCAUUAGCAAGACAACUAUUUUGAAUUCAUGGGAUGUUAUUCAUCAGAAUGCCUGUUGUAAUGAGGGAAUAAACAACUUUGUUCACAAA